AUGAAGUCCUUGACUAUUCUGGGUGCUGUCUCGGCCCUUUUCCUGGGCAGGGCAACGGCUCAAAUAACUGUUACUAUUCCUCCUUUUCCAGAUCUUCCUACCAUGUCUAUACCGACCUUGACUCUCCCAACCAGUAUAUCUCUUCCUUCCCUCCCAAGCAUUGCGAUUCCUACGCUUCCUACCUCGCUUCCCGAAUCUGUUUGCUUUGCUGUCCCGACUAUUCCAACAUCGAUUUCAGUGCCCACUCUUAUGGCUGCCGCACCUACCGCUGGGCCAGAUAGCAACACCACGCAGGUGCUUAAUGACCAGUUUGAGCGGAUGCACCCGCGGCAAAUUGCACCACUUGGCGCCUGA